GAGUAAAAGAUAGCUGACAAAGUUCCUCAGUAUAUGUAAGGUUGUGAGCAAGGGAAAACCACAUCUCAUUGAGUGUUAAAAUGGAGGCCACAACUUUGAACCAAUUUCACCAUGAGAAUGGAGACAGGCAAAGUGAGCUGAAGGCCUUUGAUGAGACCAAAGCUGGUGUGAAAGGUCUUAUUGAUGCAGGCAUAACCAAACUCCCACCAAUAUUCAUUCAUCCAAAAACAACCCAAAACUCAUCCAAUAUUAAUCCCACCGCUGACAAACACAGCAUCCCAAUCAUAGACCUUGAAGGCAUUCAUGGGAAUGAGAUGAAGCGCAGAGAGGUCGUUGAGGCAAUUGGAGAAGCAUCUAAAACAUGGGGUUUCUUCCAAGUGGUGAAUCAUGGGAUCCCAAUAAAUGUUUUGGAGGAAAUCAUGAGUGGGGUACGAGGAUUCCAUGAACAAGAUACAGAGGUGAAGAAGGAAUGGUAUACACGAGAUCGAUCAAGGAGGGUAGUGUAUAACUGCAACUUUGAUCUGUAUACUGCACCAGCAGCUAAUUGGAGGGACACUAUCUUCUGCUUCAUGGCUCCUAAUCCCCCUCAUCCUCAAGAACUGCCUCCGGUUUGCAGCGAUAUUCUUAUCAAAUACUCAAAAGAAGUGAAAGAAGUAGGGGGUGUUUUGUUUGAACUACUAUCAGAGGCUUUAGGCCUAAAUCCAAACUAUUUCAAAGACAUUGAGUGCAGUAAGGGGCUAGCCGUUUUGGGGCAUUACUACCCACCCUGCCCAGAACCAGACCUAACUUUAGGCAACACCAAGCAUUCCGAUGACACUUUUCUCACAAUUUUGCUUCAAGAUGAUAUAGGUGGCCUUCAAGUUUUUCACCAAAACCAGUGGGUUGAUGUUCCCCCUUCCCCAGGAGCUCUGGUUGUCAACAUUGGAGAUCUUCUCCAGCUUAUGACAAAUGAUAGGUUCAAGAGCUCAGAACACAGAGUGCUGGCUAAUCAAUGUGGUCCCAGGAUAUCAGUGGCAGGUUUCUUUACUACAUACAUGUUGCCAUCGUCACGGGUUUGUGGACCAAUUAAAGAACUAUUGUCAGAUGAGAAUCGUCCAAAGUACAGGGAAACCACAGUGAAGGAGUACGUAGCCCAUUUUCAUGCAAAGGGCCUUGAUGGAACUUCUGCCUUGUUGCAUUUCAAGCUCUGAAUUGGCAUCCUCUGUACUCAUUCAUCUGAGGCCUCCCAAUUCUUAGUUAUUCGGAAUAAACCAUUCUAUAUGAUUGUUAUGAAAUAUGUGCCAUGACUUUUACUUUAUUAUAAGCAUUACUACAUGCUUUUUCUGAAA